CGCAUUUUCGGGAAUCAGCUUGGGCCAGCGAUGCGCGGGCCGAGCGCACGAGCCCACCGUCCGCCGGCGCCCAUGACGUGCGAAGUCAUUGAGAUCCUCUCGUCGGAUGAUGAGGACGAGGACGAGGAUGCGCGUCUCGCGCCCAUGAUGGCAGCGCGCGUGGACUCACGGCGGGCGAUCUCGCCGCCGCAACGGCCGCGGACGGGAUCCGCGACUGCAAGAGCACCGACCAUGACGCCGCUUGCGACAACGCGGCCGUCGCAGAAGCCUGCAGCGAUGGCGGUCGUCGCGACCAAGCCGCGCUUGGCUGCUGUCCCGACGACAGUGGCUGCGGCGACCAAGAAGCGGGUGCUAGCUGUGCCCGUCGUGAGUCGUCCCAUUCGGUUCGCCAUGCCGCGCAGAGAGCCGCCGUCCACGCAAGCUGCCAGUGCACCAUCGGUCUUACCUACGACGGCGUCAGCGCACACGCGCCCGCCAAGUCCGACGCGCCCGUCCAGCCCACUGACGACCUUCAACACGGUGGCGCCGCCGCCGUCUGUGAGCCCGACGCCACCAACCGUCACUGCCGACGCUUUCAUGGAUGCAACGCCAUUGGCAUUGCCUGUGCUUACGACCUCACUUUGCGCAAGGCCAGUACACGAGGAGAGCAUAGCACAUGUGCUGCCGACGCCUCCGUGCACCGACGUCGCGAUCUUUGCUGCGAUUCCGCCGCCACCAGACCUGGACGCUGCAGCGCCAAUCCCGUUUUACAUGUUCUUACCCGAGCCACUGCCGCUGGACGAUGUGCCCACCCACUCAGAGCCGACUGCCGCAACGCUGGACGAUCCCAUGCUCGACGUUGCGCCGACGCUCCAGCUGAACGACGACGGCUACGACCCGGACACCUUUGCCAUGCCGCAGCUCUACCAGGACGACGUCGAGCUGGCGCAUGUCGCGGCCGUCGACGCGGAAGCGACGCCCGAUGUCGACGAGGAGCCGCCGCUGCCCGAGCUCGGUGACGACAUUGCGUCAGUGAUUUCAAUCCUGGCUCGGCAAGAGGCGCUCGAAGCUGCGAUCGGGCACGUUUCGAUUGAGGCGACACUCGAGGUCGCCAACCCCUCGCACAUUCAAGACCUGGACUUCAACAUGAACGACCUCCUGUCGCCCGAGGUCGAGGCGCCGCGCCGCGUUGUCGUACAGCGUUCAGCACCGACGCCCCAGACCUACACCCGCGUGUUUGACCGCAACAGAAGCAACCGACCCGUGCCUCGGGAAGAGCCGUCGUCCGAGGAUGAGUACCGGUCGCCCGCACGUCGACACGGUCGUCGUCGACCGCAGAACGUCCGCAGUCGGUCGCCGUCGCCCGUUGCCCGAGAUGCAAGUCGUCGGAUGAUGGCCGCACGAAGCGACCGCAGUCGGUCGCCGGUCGUUGGCCGCCGAAGCCAGCGCCGACGAUCAUCGUCGUCACCCGAGCGUAGCGUCCCGUCCUCGCCCGUGCGACGACGGAAGCGGCCACGGGAAGUCCAUGCCGCCGAGACGCGCGCGUCACCGCCACGAGCGUCCGGAACGACGGCGACACCCGACAUUAUCGAUCUCAUUUCAUCGUCCGAAGAAGAGUUUGAUGCGCAAGUGCAGGCACCCAUCUACAGCCAGCCCCGAUCGUUGUCGCUCCGUGGCUUUGUCGUCGAUGAAGCCAGUGACGCGUCGUCGUCAUCAUCGUCUGCAAGCAGUAGUCGCCACCGCCAACGCCGUAAGCGCCUUCGAAAACCAGGCGGCCGGCCACCACAGCGUCCGACCACGUCACCGCCGCGUCAUGCUCUGUCACCGCCGCGUCAUGCUCUGUCACCGCCGCGUCAUGCCCGGUCACCGCAGCGUCAGGCCCGGCGUGACACAGUGUCAGUCGAACGACCACGGCCAAGACCUCUGUCACCGCCGCCGCCGGUUGCAUCUCCGCCGCCGACACCGCGCCCCAAGAGCAGGCGUCACGUCGACCGGCAGCAACGUUUCGUCGAGCAAGAGCGGCGACUUGCGCUGCAAGAAAAGGACAAGCGCAGAACGCAGCGCAAGCGCGUCGACACCCCGGUGCCCGUCGCGCGCUUCAAUAUUUCCCGCCCCGAGCAGCCGCCGCCGUCGACCCUCUCUCGCAUUCGGGCUGCGACGGCCGCCGAGCGACAGCAGAUCUUUGUGGGCCUCGUCGUGCUCGCGACCAACGAGCAGCAGCACGUCUCGGACCACACGACGCUGCCCAGUACGUUUACCGUCCCGGCCCACGCGCCGUGGCCGCAACCGUUCUGGGGCACGCUGGUUGACGUUGGCGCGUUUCGCCACGCCCACCGCGACGGGCUCCUCCUUGCGUCGACCGUCGCGUCCUUGGACGCACUUCGCUUUGUGUGGGACACGGCCGCGCACGAGUGGCAGCUCCACCUCAUGGCGCUGCAGCGCUACAAGGACUUAUAUGGGGACGUGUCGAUCCCGCACGGGUUCGAGGUGCCGGCAAACGACCCCAUGUGGCCCAAGGACUUGUUCAACGUAGCGCUUGGUCGUGUGGCGCACCGGCUCCGCGUGAACGCUGCGUCCUUGUCGGUCGUGCGGCGAAGCCAGUUGAGCGCACUCGGGUUUAUCUGGGACGUCGAAGAGCUCCAGUGGCGCAUCUGGCACAAGGCCCUUCGCACGUUUCACCGCUUGUACGACCACGUCGAAGUCCCGCUGGAGUUUAACGUGCCGGACAAGGACCCGGCGUGGACACCGGACUGCUGGACCGAGAAGCUCGGCGCCGUUGUCGCUGCCUUGCGCCAAGAGUCCCACGUGCUCACCGCCGAGCGCAAGGCGCAGCUCGACGUCCUCGGUUUUGUGUGGGGUCCUGGGGCACGUCCCAAGCCACCGCAUCGCGCGACCACGAGCUCCAAGAAGAAACGCGUGUCCCGCCGCGAGUCGAUGGCAAUGCGGCCCCGAGUCUCGCUCGUGCCGCAGCCCGCUGCCCCGCCCGUCCUGUUCAACGCCACUCAGAGAGAUGUUGAGAGGCGACGUGUGGUCGAGUGGCCGCGCUGCCUUCCCAUGGAGGUUCUCCACCCCUUGGACGACGCUGUCGAUAUUUAGGUUAGUUGGUGAUGCAAGAUAGCAACUUACACUGCUCUUCCAUCAUCCCAAACAGCUAAUUUUGACAAAAUAAUACAACCUCGCGCUCGUAUUGGCCACUUUUA